ACAAAACAACAAAAGGGAAGGGGAAGUAGAAUACAAGAUAAAUGAUGGGGAUGGAGAGGAGGCAAAGGAAAGAUGCAAUUUCAAGGCUUCACUUGAAAUUAUUGAACAUUCUUUACAAAAAUACUAGAAAAAAAUGUCGAAAAUAGACAAAAUGCUUUAGGAAAAAUGUGAGGUUCUAUAAAGACCAUAAAGACCACCCACCUUAUUUUACAGAUGAAAAAACUAGCAUUUUUAGGGCACAUUAAGACUGGCAAACCAUUUUGCUUAUCUUAAUUCAUUAGAUUCUCACACAAUCUUGUGAGAUAGUUAUUGUCAUUAUCCCUACUUUAAAGAUGGGGAAACUGAGGCACAAGGAAGAUUAACUGAAUUUGAAUUCGUUUCUUCCUCAUGCUAAGUUCAGCAUUCUAUCCCUUGUGUCACCUACUUGCUCAAAGCCACACAGAAACCAAGUAUCAAAGUCAGGUACAAAUCCAAGCUAACAUCAAUGAUUGUUAUUACCCUAUUUUAUAGAUGAGAAAACUGAGAAGGCUCUGAGAGGCUCAGAGAGGUUGUAACUUAUUUGAGGUCAAGAGAAGGACUCCCCAACCUUUCAACCAGGCUUUUUCCUCUUCUCUCACCACCUCCUUCUAGCUUUCUCUCUGUCUUCCCCAUUCCUUUGAUGCACCACUGGAAACUAGGCAGUUUUUUAUUUUCAAAAAUUGCUUCAUUUCGAUAAGCAUUUAGGAAGUACCAAACAUAUACCUCAAAUCAAUUGAACGCCAACAAGAGGUGCAACAUGAUUAAGCACCAACUGUAUAUCUAGCAUCUGAGUGGCAAGCCUAAUUGCACUCUUCGGAGGCCCCCACAUGAGCUCCUGACCCCGUCUCUAAGCUCUUUCCUGGCUACCCAGAAGACCAAAAGGGUGAUGGAAACCUCAGAAGGGCCUUGCCCUUCCUCGGGCGCCACCAGCUGGUAAGUGGCACCGCGAUAAGCUGUCACCUGGGGACCCUCGGCAGCACCCUGGAGUAUGAUUUGGCUGCUCUGACUGUUUGCAGAUCAAAGGUUAGAGGCAAUGCUUCCCCUGCCCGGCCCCAGGGGGAGCUGUCAGUCUCUGGCCCAUUCCCAUGAGGCAGGGCCCCGCAGCCUUGCCAGGCACUGCCAUCCGGCAGAGUGGGGUCUCCGGGCACGGAAAAAACUGGUACAGAAGGGCCCCGGAAUGAGGAGCUCCUUGUUGACACAGCCAGCUGCAAGCAAGCCUGUCAAUUAUUAACCGGGUGCAGUUGGGCAACAGGAAACUGGAGCCCUGUAAGGAAAGAAGAGUCUCAGGGAGGGACCAUCACUACAACAGCUGAGCAGGAGCCCGCUGCGGGCUCUGGGCGCUGGGACCACCCAGACCAUGGAGCCAGGUCCGGAAGCCAGAGACGGCAGCGCCGCUCCUUCCUCAGAAACGGGCCCCCGCCGCGAGCUCGCAGACCCCCGGGGGGCCGCGGGGGAGGGCAGCGCCCCCGGGGCUGGCGGGGAGAGCGGGGAGGCGGCAGCAGAGCCCCCGCCCCUGCCCAGCCCCGCCCCCUGGGACGAUGGCGCGGCCUCGUCUUCCCCGAGCCCUCCGCGGCCCAGCCCUGCUGGCGAGAACAGGCAGCCGCCCAAGUGUGCCACGGGCAUCGGCUUCGUGGGGGAGCCCCCGCCUUACACCCCUCCCGACCCCAAGGCUGUCCACAUGCUCUACCCGCCAUUCCCGUCGGGCUUCUCUGGGCAAAUGCCCAUCCUCUAUCAGCCGGGGCCUUCGCCACAGCCUCUGUACCCGCCGGCGCCGUCAGCCGCGCCUCUGUACCCGUCGGGACCCUCUCCAGCAGCCCUCUACCCACCAGCGUCUUCGCCCCCGUCGCUGUUCCCGGCAUCGAACCUGCCUUCCGGAGCCUUCCCCUACACCAUUUACAACAGCCCCAUGAACAGUAUGGUGGCUGGCAUGGACCGGAGGCCCCUGCCUAAAGAUUACAUGGUGGAGUCCGUGUUGGUGACCCUCUUCUGCUGCCUGAUCACUGGGGUCAUCGCCAUUGUCUACUCUCAUGAGACCCGGGCAGCCCUGAGCCGCGGAGACCUCGCUCAGGCCGAGCAGGCGUCCAAGAAAGCCCGCUCCUUGGUGCUCUUCAGUCUGCUCUUUGGGGUCUUCGUGUCUACCAGCUGGGUCAUCUACGUCAUCGUGGCCCUCUACAUUCCCUGAGGGACCCAGUGGGGGCUUUCUCCCCCUGCGGCUCAGGGCCGUGCUGCCCGGCCCGUCCAAGCUGCUCUGCUUGGGCAGACUCUUUCCCUUCUCCUGCCUGCCCUCGAGGCAGAGAGCGGGUCUACGGCGCUGCUCCUCUGCUGCCCACCUGCUGCGGUGCCCCCGACUGCUGUGGGGAUGCCAGUCCUGCGGCUGGAACUCACCGGGGCCCCGCGUGGGACUGCCCCUUGGCCCGGGGCCCAAGUCCUCCAGGAAGGGCCGUGGAACCCCCGCCCAGGGCCAGUCCCUGAGAGACUGAGACAGAGAGGGCUGUGGGGUUCUUACCCAGCAUCUCUACCAGAGGACAAACCCUUCAUCCAAGGACUCUCUGAGGUCCCAGAAUUCCUCCCCAGCUCCUUCAUCCCUUUCUCCAGGGAGGGCCCAGGGCAGAGUCAGUAUUGCAUCAAAGAGAUGAGCUCAUCUGCAUCCCUGGGCUUCCAUUCUUCCUCUUCUCUCCCCUUUGACUGUCGGCCUUGCUCUCUGCCCCCUUCGUCUUCCUCCCAUCCCAGAGCCAUGGUUUUCACAGUGAAUCCCCUGAACCUUAACUUCCUGAAAUCAGGUAAGUAUGUUGGUCAAUAAAUGAAAAUCCUGAGCAAAAUGCUGUAUGUGUGGAUAAGGUGCUGGUUGGACUUGAUUGCUUUGGGCAUCCUCUGCCAGAUUUAGUCAAGCACCAGACUUAUGGCAGCCUGCCACCUGUAAUACUCCUGAGGGUGGUUCAAGCCAGAUUAAAAUGUAACUGGGAAAUACUUAAUAAAUAAAAAUACAAUAAAAAUAGUAUUUUAAAAAUAAGUCAACAUGUGACCUAAAGGGACUCUUAUACAUAGAUUGUUCCUUCUUGAGUUUAACACAAAGGAAGCAGUAGUUUGGAGGAAGCAGUAAUUGUUUAAAUUUACUGUGCUCCUGGAGCACAAUCCCUUCUUAGGUCCUGUUGUUUGAAUCACUUAACCUCUGUUUUGCCUUGGUUUCCUCAGCUGUAAAACAAGAGAUCCUAUCUGGUUUCUGUGAGAUCAAAUGAUAAGAAUAUUUGUAAAUUGCCUAACAAACUCUAAAAUGCUAAAUUAAAUAUUAUUGCUGUUCUUGUUACUUUAUUGGGGGAAGAGUUAUAACAACUAAUGCUUAUAUAGCAUUUUAAAGUUUUCACAGCACUUUAUAAUGAUUACAUUUUGUCUUCUCAACAACCCUAUAAAGUAUUAUUAUCCCCAUUUUACAAAUGAUGAAACUGAAGUACACAGGGGUCAUAUAGGCAGGAAGUAUCUGAGGCAGGAUUUGAAUUUAAAUCUUCCUGACUCCAACUCUAGUAUUCUGACCAUCCAGAUGUCAGCCCUCAGGGAGACUAUAAUCUAAAGGGUGUUUUUUUCCUUAUUAAAGCUUUUUUCAAAGCAUAUGCAUGGAUAAUUUUUCAACAUUGAUCCUUACAAAACCUUGUGUUCCAAAUUUUCCCCUCCUUUCCCUCACCCCCUUCCCUAGAUGGCAAGUAUUCCAAUAUAUGUUAAAUACAAUAUAUGCAUACAUAUUUAUACAAUUAUCUUACUACACAAGAAAAAUCAGAUCAAAAAGGGAAAAAAUGAGAAAGAAAACAAAAUGCAAGCGAAUAAUAAAAAGUGGAAAUGUUAUCCA